GUAUGUAUACCUGCAUGGACCUUAAGGCUCAUGUAAUAAAAAUAAUGACCCGUCCAGUCUAAUGGUAAACAAUCGGGGUUUAGUGGGAUUUUCCGUGACUUAAGUACCUGUCGAGGACGAUUGUCUUAUAAUAUAACAACAAUAAAGUAGUUUUUAAUUUAUGGUGUGAAUUUGUAUUUUAUUCAUAAACUAAAAGGUUAAAAAUGGUGAAAUAUAUUGAGUUUCAAGCUGUGGUGCUUGCUGGAGGCAAAGGAUCUCGAAUGACUGAACUAACAGCAGGAAAAACCAAAUGUUUGUUACCUAUUCGUAAUAUGCCAAUGAUUUAUUAUCCUCUUCAAUCAUUGGAAAAAGCUGGAUUUACUGAAACAAUUGUUGUUGUAACUGAAAAUAUUAAAAAAGAAGUAUCAACGGUUCUUGAUAAAUUAAAUUUAAAUAUAAGGUUAGAAAUCGUAGCAAUUCCAGAUGGUGAAGACCUUGGUACAGCUGAUGCAAUCAGAUAUAUACAUGAUAAAAUUCAUACAGACUUUAUAGUCGUUUCUUGUGACUUAAUUGCUAACAUUGAUAUAAACGAAAUUUUGAAUACAUAUAGAAAGCAUAAUGCUAGUGUUGUAGCUGCCAUGUUUCCUUCUCCAAAAAUUUCAUCUACCUUCAUUACACCAGGAUCUAAAAGCAAACAGAAACCCGAAGUUGAUCUCAUUGGAAUUGAUGAUACUACGAAUCGACUUGUAUUCCUAGCAUCAGCAUCAGAUUUUGAAGAUAGUAUUGAUAUGACUAAAUUAGUUAAAAUUAAAAAACAUACAACUUUUACAGUGUAUUCCAAGCUUUUAGAUGCUCAUUUUUAUGUAAUUAGCAAGUGGAUCUUAGAUUUUCUAGUACACAAUAAAUCAUUUGGAACCCUAAAAGGAGAAUUAUUACCAUACAUCGUCAAUAAGCAACUUAGUCGGUCUCCAAAACUACCUGCGGAUGACAAAAAUGCAUCAGUUGUUAAAGUAGACACUAGAGAAGACAUUUUUCGCUUUGCAGUGAGAAAUAAUUUAGAUGAAUUAAUUAGAAAAAUGUCAGCAUUCAAUGACCAUAAUUGGGAUUUAGGAGACGCAUAUCAUGGUGAUAUAAUCAGAUGUUAUGCCCAUAUAACUGACAAAAUAGCUCUUAGAGCUAAUACUAUUCAAAUGUACAGCUUUGCUAACAGCCCAGCAUUUGAUCUUCCACUUCAUAAUAUUGAGAACAAUGUUAUAUCUCCAAUGGCAACAGUAAAAACGAAUCAAGUUACCGCUAGCAAUAUUGAUGAAGGUGCUCUUAUUGAUGAAAAAACAUCAAUUAAGCAAUCAUUCAUUGGUCCUGCUACAAUUGUCGAACCUAAGACUCGAAUUUCCGACAGUAUUGUCAUGGGCAAUGUUACUGUUAAACAAAGGUGUAUUAUUCAAAAUUGUAUACUUUGCAAUGGUUGUACGAUAGAAGAAGGAACUGAACUAAAAGAUUGUCUUGUUGGAGCACAUCACACUGUUUCUAAAGGGAGCAAUCAUUCUCGUGAAGUUUUAACAGAAAUGGAUAGGCUGAUGGAAAUCUAAUAUAAAUGACUAAACAGUACAAUUUAAUAUAUUUAUCAGUUUAUUAAAAUAUUUUAAAAAUUA